AAGUCCCUGGUAACCGAGGUUAUAAAUAUUUUGGACGUGCAAAAGAUUUACCGGGCGUAAGAGAAUUAUUUGAGCAAGAAGCUCCUACACCACAAAAACGUACAAGAUCUGACCUAUAUAAGAAUGUUGAUGCAGACUAUUAUGGGUACAGAGACGAAGAAGAUGGAUUACUGCUCGAAUAUGAACGAGAACAGGAGCUUAAAAUUAUAACAGAAGCAUCAGAGUUACCAGACAAAACAUUACCUAAAGAUAAGUUCACGCAAAAGACAAAAGAGAAUGCUUCACAAUUAGAAAGUGGUGCAAUGGAUAUCGAUCAAUUGUCGGAAAAGUUUGUUGCACAUGUAGCUGUACCCACUCAAAAGGAAGUGGAAGAGUACUUA